AUGGAGACAAAACCAUCUAAGAUCUUCUUUACUAUCAGUAUCAUCUUCGUCUGCCUUCUUGCACACGUCACCACCAAAGCAUCAUCAUCAUCUUUGUGUAAUGGCUCGGUGGCGGAGUGCAGUAGUAGCGUGGUGGAGUCGGAGGAAGUGACGGUGAUAAUGGAGCCGUGGUCAAGUCAGAGGUUGAUGGAGGAGCAGCGACGUAAGCUUUCAUACGGAGCUUUAAGGAGGAAUGAGCCUGCUUGUGACGGUGGCAACCGCGGUGAGUCUUACACCAAUAAAUGUCUUCCUCCGCCGUCUAACCCUUACAGUAGAGGCUGCUCUAAGCAUUACCGUUGCGCUCGUGACUCUUAA